GAAUGUUCAUACACAGAAAAACAAGUGGUAUAGGAAAGGGAUUAAUGGGUAUAUAUGUGCACCUUUUAUAGUUGUCAUUUUAACAAAAGAAACUUAAUUGAUUUAAUAGAUUAAAAUAUCUUAAAAAUGAUAUAUGUCUCUUCUUUAUGAUUUGUAAAUGUGACAACUUUUACAUCACACCAAGUAUCAUUCCUUCUAAUUUUGUUGUUGUUGUUAAUGGCACUUAUAAAUAAUGUCAGUUUGUUUAAAGCAUAUAAAAUUCUGUGAGAUACAUUGUUUUAAACAUAGAUCACCAACAAUAGUUACACAUAAAUUCACUUUUAAAAAGACUUUACAUAAGUCAUCUUGUGGAUUAAAAUAUAUUGACAAGCGAACACCAUCAUCAUCAUCAUCAUCGUCUUCUUCAACAGGUGGUUGGUGUUUCGUAAGAAGUUUUGGGGAAUUUCCUAAGAAAAAGCAUGAUGGAUUAUCAUCCAAUGAUACAGAAAACAUGUCAUCUAACAGAAAAGGUAAUGGCCGAUUAACUUUAUUAAGUGGAUCGAAAAAUCGGCGUAUAAGUGGUCGCCAUCAUAGUGUACAGUACAAUAAAGAAAAUGAACAAUCUACUAAAAAUGAUCAAAAUUGUUUGGAUCCAAAUAAAGUUGGCAAAGAGAAUUUGAAUAUUGGUUUACGACGCAAUACUGUCUGUAGUACUACUGGUGCUUUUAAAUCGAUUAGAACACGUGGUUUGAUGGAGUUGAGAAAGUCUAACAAAAAUAAUAAUGUUGAACAAACGAAGAAACUAAAGUCGGGUAGUAAAAUGUUUUUGAGAAAUUCGUUAUUAAUUUAUUACUCGUAA